UCCGCGGGCAUCGAUGCCCUCAGCCACCACAGCCCCAGUGGCUCGUCCGACGCCAGCGGCGGCUUCGGCCUGGCCCUGGGCACCCACGCCAGCGGUCUGGACUCGCCGCCCGUGUUCGCCGGCGCGGGGCUGGGGGGCACGCCGUGCCGCAAGGGCUACGAGGACUGUGCCAGCGGCAUCAUGGAGGACUCGGCCAUCAAGUGCGAGUACAUGCUCAACGCCAUCCCCAAGCGCCUGUGCCUCGUGUGCGGGGACAUUGCCUCCGGCUACCACUACGGCGUGGCCUCCUGUGAGGCCUGCAAGGCCUUCUUCAAGAGGACCAUCCAAGGGAACAUCGAAUACAGCUGCCCAGCCACCAAUGAAUGCGAGAUCACGAAACGGAGGCGCAAGUCCUGCCAGGCCUGCCGCUUCAUGAAAUGCCUCAAAGUGGGGAUGCUGAAGGAAGGUGUGCGCCUGGACCGAGUGCGCGGAGGCCGCCAGAAAUACAAGCGACGGCUGGACUCAGAGAGCAGCCCAUACCUGAGCUUACAGAUUUCUCCACCUGCUAAAAAGCCAUUGACCAAGAUUGUCUCUUACCUACUGGUGGCCGAGCCAGACAAGCUCUACGCCAUGCCUCCCCCUGGCAUGCCCGAGGGGGACAUCAAGGCCCUGACCACUCUCUGUGACCUGGCAGACCGGGAGCUUGUGGUCAUCAUUGGCUGGGCCAAGCAUAUCCCAGGCUUCUCGAACCUCUCUCUGGGGGACCAGAUGAGCCUGCUGCAGAGUGCCUGGAUGGAGAUCCUCAUCCUGGGUAUCGUGUACCGCUCUUUGCCCUAUGAUGACAAGCUGGUGUACGCCGAGGAUUACAUCAUGGACGAAGAGCACUCGCGCCUGGUGGGGCUGUUGGAGCUCUACCGGGCCAUCCUGCAGCUGGUGCGCAGGUACAAGAAGCUCAAGGUGGAGAAGGAGGAGUUCGUGACGCUCAAGGCCCUGGCCCUGGCCAACUCAGAUUCCAUGUACAUCGAGGACCUGGAGGCCGUCCAGAAGCUGCAGGACCUGCUGCACGAGGCGCUGCAGGACUACGAGCUGAGCCAGCGCCACGAGGAGCCGCGGAGGACGGGCAAGCUGCUACUGACGCUGCCCCUGUUGCGGCAGACGGCUGCCAAGGCCGUGCAGCACUUCUACAGCGUCAAACUGCAGGGCAAGGUGCCCAUGCACAAACUCUUCCUGGAGAUGCUGGAGGCGAAGGUCUGA